ACUGGGAAGGCGCCGCCAGCGGAGGCUGCGGGAGUGCGCCGUGCGCUCCGGAGUCGCCAUAAAAGUUAUUGCGCGCAGAGCGGAGCCGUCAGACUGGGGAGAGACGCGGCGGAGCAAACACUGGAACCCGGAGAGGCUGAGCAGGGGACGAGCCCGGCGUCCGAGCUGAACGCGUGCAGUCCCGCGCGCACCUCUGGGUGACGGCCGCCCGCUGCGAGGCGCCGGGAGGACCAAUUGAUGCGCGUGACCUGGCUCGCGUCUGAACGGAGUAGCGGAAUGAGCGGGCGACACGCUCGGAUGCAGGAGAUUUUCGUGCGUGCGGUGGACGAGCUGCCGAGGCUGCCGCGCUAGAAGACGAACAGGCGCCUGUGAGGUUUCGUCUGGAUACCAAAAAACGCACACCACUCCCUCCCGUUUUUCCGCCGGUCCAGGACGCAAAUGUCACCGCGACACAGACUCGGCAGUGGAUUGUAGCAGAGCAGCCCCGCCGAUGGUUUAAAGGGCGUUAAGGUGCGGGACGGGAGUGGGACAAUUACAGGAUGAGUGAGCGACACAUGCAGAUCAGAAGUACUACUUGUACUCUGCUUGUUAUGGUGCUCGUGAUCAGCGUCUGGGAGAUGUCGGUACCAACAGAAGGAACAACAGCGGUGCACCAUGUCCGAGCAGGCACCUGCGAGGUGGUGGCGCUACAUCGCUGCUGCAACAAGAACAAAAUCGAGGAGCGGUCCCAAACUGUGAAGUGCUCCUGCUUUCCCGGGCAAGUGGCCGGCACCACCAGAGCUGCCCCGUCAUGCGUAGACGCCUCCAUAGUGGAGCAGAAGUGGUGGUGCCAGAUGCAUCCGUGCCUUGACGGAGAGGAGUGCAAGGUUCUGCCGGAUCUGAAGGGGUGGAGCUGUGCUACAGGCAAUAAGAUCAAAACCACUAAGAUUUCAGCAGACAGAGACCAGCUUUGGUAACGUCUGAUACUCCACGCUGGUUUUCAGACGCAUCCGUUCGUCGGCUCAUCCAAGGAGAAGAGAUUCAUUCAAAGGGACCCUUCUGUAAAUAGAGACUUCCUUGCUUCGGGACUACAGUUAUCUAAGGAAAGCUGAACACGUCUUCUUGAACUCUAUGGAGGAGCAGCGCUUCCUUUGAAGGACUACCUGGGAUCAGCCGCACCGCUCAGUCUCCAGGCUUCAACCUCCAACAAUGGUGAACUUUGCCUCCGUGUUCAUUUCCAGAGUCGUGUGUCCUUCACAGGGAGUCGGGCAGCAGUUGACCGGGGCGAGCAGGUCAGUAUGUUGUAAGCGUGGCGCAUAUUCAACGGAGCUUGUGGUUUUAUGAGUCUUUUCGUCUCUACGUUUAGCUUUGACAAAGCGAGCGAGCGGCAGACGCUCGCGGCGACUCUCAAACUAAUACGCAGCAGCAAUGUAUCAUUCAUACUGUGCUCCGCUACACAGAAAGGGGAAACAAGCCUCGACCAAUUAGAAACUCUUAUCGCCGUCCCCUCGGCAUUGAUGACACUUCCUCUAUCUGUGUAAGUGAUGACAUCAGUAAUAAACUAUGGUUGUGUUAACCAAACUUAA